CAGUAGAAGUAGAUAAAAGAAAAAAACACGUGAGUUUGGAGUUUCUGCGAUGUUUUUGAUUUUUACGAAUUAAAAUACUUUGAGUGUAUGAAGGAAUUAAACGACAACUAUACAGAGGAGACACAUUUGCAAAUAGUUAAUUUGCUCUCAGUUAAUAAAUUGCGUUUUGAUGAAAAGCACAACCUAAUUCAGCGUCUGUUUAUGCAUUGGACAUAUUAAUAAUAAAAAAAAUAAUUAUGUCAGAGUCCACGACCCCAGGAAAAAAAGGCAAUUUGACCGGAAGUGCCAGGAAAUUUAAGGACAACGCCGCCAAUUGGCAUAAUCUCAUCCAGAAAUGGGAGCUAUUUAAUGACGACGGAUCCACGAUUGCGACUAAAAUUGUUAAUUUGGGACUGAACAAAAAAUCAAAUAUGGAGUCUGAUAUGGUGAUGGAAGGAGGCAGUUUGGCAGCUGGAGACCCUUCAAAGAAUCUUAAACAGAACAACCAAGAGCUUGAGGAAGAAUGUGUGAAGUUACAAGAUGUUGUGGAUAAAAUGGCAAACAUACUGUCAAAGAUGGAGAAAAUGGUCAGUGAUGAGCGUGGGAUCUGUGAGCUAGAAGCAUUCCAGUAUGGAGAGAAAGGAAGAGCAGAACCACUGUUCCACACGUGGCCCACGCACCAGUUUGCUGAAGUAUCUUCUAAGCUUUACGAGUCAUACAAGCAGGAGUUGGCACUGAAGAAGACCAUACUUCAGGAACUGGCCCACACUUCUAAUACUGAUCUUUCAAUGGUCUACCUGUCAUCCUGGCUGUAUCAACCCUACAUUGACGACAGUGUAAAAUUGCUACUAGAAAGUCUGCUAUUAGAAACAGGUCACAGACCUUUGUAAUUCUGUUUAGAACAGGGGUAUCCAACCCUGCUCCUGCCUAUCGGCUGUCCUGCACAGUUUAUCUCCAACCCUAAUCAAACACACCUGAAGCAACCAAUUAAGGUAUUCAUGAUCACUUGAACAUUAAAGGCAGGUGUGUGUGAUAAGGGUUGGAUGUGCAGGACAGUCGACAGGCAGGAGCAGGGUUGGGCACCCCUGGUCUAGAAUCUAUGCAUGAGAACAAAUUAAAAUAAUAUAUCCCAACAUGUAUAUAGCUUUAAUCCGUUUUAACCUUCAAAUUUUUCUCAGGAAAAAUUAAAUUAUGUUUUUAUACUGUAA